UUUUUUUUUUUUGGAUGUUGUGAGGUUGUCCUGGGGGUCCCGGACUUCCUGCUGCUUUCCUCCACAUCAGAAAGAGACGGUAGAGGGUUUUAAUAACAGACUUUAACUCACCAGUCUGUCCUGUUCUGUUCUGUCUGUAAGGAGGCAAAAAGAACUCCAAGAUCCACGUCACCGUUCUGUUGUUCAGAGGGGAGGUGGGAGGAGGAGGAGGAGGAAGGGGAGGAAGGGACGGUCCUGCUGUCACACAGAUGAAAACCGCUCGCAGGUUUCGGGAGGUCCACCGCUGCCGGAAACCCGCCUGUACUGCGUCCGCGCGCGUGGCGGGGCUGCUGCAGCCGCGAGGACGGAGCGGUCUCCGACAAUUCCCUCCGUCCAGAUUCGGAGGGCUUGCGGCCGACGCUGCUCAUCAUGUCCACGUAGACACGCGGCUUGUCAAACUUCAAAGAGGAUUCUCGGCGCGCACGUGCGCGCCUCCACCUGGAGCCCAUUGAUGGGUUUGGCUCGCAUCUUAAUUGAAGACCUGCUUCAUUAAAAGGAAGGAAGUGGGCGUGGCGAUAACGAGCUGCCACCUGAAAGAGGCUCCUGCUAAGGUGCUGUGGCCGCCGUCUCCCUCCUUCCUGUCUCACGUCUGACUGCCAGCAUGCCCAUCAUUAGCAAUGCCAACCAUGACUUCAGCACUUACUCCAUCAGUACAGACGACAGCAGCUUAGACCGCUUCUUCACAGAGAUCCCAGAGACUGAGACCCUAAAGGGAGUCUACUUCCAGCGCGUCCAGCUGCUCCGGGACCCCCAGGCCACUUAUGUGAUUGAUCAUGCACUGCAGGUGCUCAUCAACGUGGGUGGGAACCGCUAUGCCUUCCCCUGGAGCACCCUAGAGCAGUUCCCUCAGAGUCGGCUGGGUCGCCUACGCUUCUGUAACACUCCGGAAGAGAUAGCCGGACUAUGCGAUGAUUACGAUGAGACGUGCCAGGAAUACUUCUUUGACCGCAACCCCACCGCCUUCAGAGUCAUCCUUAACCUCCUGGCUGCAGGAAAACUGCGCCUCCUCAGAGAGCUCUGCGCAGUCUCUCUGCAUGAUGAACUGGACUACUGGGGGGUGGACCCGGGCCUCAUGGAGCGCUGCUGUCGUCGCCGUAUGCUCUCUCGUGUAGAGGAGGUGGAAGAGCGAGAGCGCAAAGAGGAAGAGUGGAGGAAGAAGAGGAUGACGCUGAAAAAAAGCAGCGUGCAAACCGAAGAAGGCUAUCGCAGACUGAUCUUUAUGCUGCGUGAAGUGAUGGAAAACCCUCACUCUGGCUUGGCUGGGAAGAUGUUCGCCUGCCUGUCAAUCAUCAUGGUGCUGGUCACUGUGGUUAGCCUGUGCAUCAGCACCAUGCCUGACCUCAGAGACGAGGAGACCAGGGGGGAAUGCUCCCUCAAGUGUCAAAACAUGUUUGUGGUGGAGUCCGUCUGCGUUGCCUGGUUUACGCUGGAAUUUGUGCUGCGAUUCAUUAACGCCCAGAGCAAGCUGGCCUUUGCUCGGGGCCCCCUCAACAUCAUUGACGCCAUCGCCAUCCUGCCGUACUACGUCUCCCUGGUGGUGGAUAUUGGCGACGAGUCGCAGGAGGAUGUCAUCAUGGGGGCUGGCAGAGGCUAUCUGGAUAAAUUGAGUCUGGUACUGCGCCUCCUGCGAGCCCUGCGGAUCCUCUACGUCAUGAGGCUGGCUCGCCACUCUCUGGGUUUGCAGACGCUAGGGCUGACCAUACAGCGCAGCAUCAGGGAGUUUGGCCUGCUGCUGCUCUUUGUCUGCGUGGCCGUGGCCCUGUUCUCACCCCUAGUCCACCUGGCUGAGAGUGAACUGGCGCCAUUUGCUGCUACACACCCCCAGCACAGCUUCAGCAGUAUCCCGGCCUCUUACUGGUGGGCCAUCAUCUCCAUGACCACGGUGGGAUAUGGUGACAUGGUGCCUCGCAGCAUGCCUGGACAGAUCGUGGCGCUCAUCAGUAUUCUUAGUGGCAUCCUUAUCAUGGCAUUUCCUGCCACCUCCAUCUUCCAUACCUUCUCUCGAUCCUACCAGGAGCUCAAGCAGGAGUAUGAAGGGGUGUGGAAGCCAGAGCGGCUCAGUGAGAAGAAAAGAAGCUGGUUCAAGACAGAUUUGUCACCUGAAGAGCACUCGUCUGAGCCCAAGGAGGAAGAUAAGGCUAUUAAUUUGAGGCCACACCUGAGGGACACUUUAACGUCUCUAUGAAGCCUGUUUUUGGUCUGUGGGAGGAAGCUGGAGAAGAUCCACACAUCCACGAAGACAACAUGGAAACUCCACACAGAAAAGACCCAGCUGGGAUUUGAACCAGCACCUUCUCACUGUGAACCAUGAGUGCUGACCACUACACCCUCGUGCAGCACCCUGAGCAUGGCUUCUGACUGUCGCUGAGCAUCACCGCUCCUCCUCUGUGCUCCUCGCAGGUUCAACAGAAUAAACUGAUGAUGUGUUUGUGUAAAAUCUUUAUUGUUUUCUCCUCCUGGUUGUUGUGAUCGCACGUCGCUCGGACGUGACGCUUUCACGCCGCUCGGACGUGACACUUGUUUUUGUUUGUUGGUUCUCCUCCAAAGCAAGUGAGAAAGUGGGACGAUGAAGCGCUGCUGUGAUGGAUUGCUCGACUCAGGCGUCGCGUUGGUGCAGCUUUCAGGGAAAUUGAUGGCAGGCUGGAGGAUAAGAAACCGUUUAGAAAUCUCUCAGAAAAACCAAUGUUGUUUGUUUCCGUGCAGAUUAAUCCUCCACUCCAUUAUGAUGCGUUUUUUUUCUUCCUGAAAUCGCACUUCUUUUGAUUUUAGGAUUUAAAUGGUCUGAAAGAUGAAUGACCUUGAAAUGAGAUAGGGAGGGGUCUGUCCAUGUCUGAGCCCAGAGGCUGGGAUUCUAAUUUUAGGUUUAAAUCAAAUGAAAAUGAAAACAAGACGCUCAAACUGAGAGAGGAGCAGAAGUUCUGACUCACAAAAGCCAUUGUCCUGCUCUCUAACUCAAACACAACAGAAGUGGAAGUGGGUUCCUCCAUGCAGUCAGCCAGCAGCACGGCUGGGGUCUGUGCUGCCACCCACAUGUAGAAGCCAUCUUCAGCCUCAGACGGUCCAAGUUGUGAGGGAAUCAGCCUGCUCCGAGGAGAGGAGGAGUUUAGACGUGUCAUUGGAGACACUGCAGCUCCUGGCUGGUCUGGGAGCUCCUCGGUGGGAGGCUGGGGAGAGGAAGGUCUGCUGCCCCCACGUCUCAUCCCUGGAUGAUCGGAGGGAAAUGCAUGUGCAGAGUCUAAACAGGUUCCUUCCUGAUGUAAAAUAGAAAGCCGGCAUCAUCUGCUGGCGUGACACAGCACACCUUCAGGAUUUCUGGUGGGACAGAAAUAACCAUUUCCACCAAACUGAGCCUCAGACAGACGCCCCCCAUGAAAACACAUGACCUACUGUGGAUUCCCAUUUUUACACAGCAGCUUGUUCAGGACAUUUCUCUUCUUCCAUCAAACUACAGUAUAGGACAGUCUCAAGUCAAACUAAAGUUUCCAUCGUGUAUUUAACUGCAUGUGCGACAUCAUUUAGAUGUAAGUCCGUUAUUAAAAAACAGGUUUGUCCUCUUUCAGCUCUUACCUGUGAUUCCUUCUCUUGCCACAAGGUGGUGCUGUUAGCUGUGAUGACUCAUCAAACUACAGGUUUCAGUCCUGCAGCAGAAGAACUGUUAACUGUUCUUUAUCUAGAGCUGUAGCCACCUGCAGGAGUCACUGAAGGCUUUUUUUAAAGGAGCACCAAAAGAAAUUCUAGUCUUGACCUCACUAUAAUUCCUGGUUUUUACAGUUUUUGCUUGAACCUUUUAAGACCAGAACUAAUACUUGAGACAACCCUACAUAGUCACAGAGCUUCAGUUAAGCAGAAUUAUCUUUAUCUGUGGUAAAUAAACCAAAAUGUGAUGCCUGUGCAUGUGGACACCCGGUCUUUAGAGGUUAAGUGAAUGUGAGGGACUUAACAGUUCUUCUCGAUCACUUUGGCUCAUUUCUCAAAGUUCUCUGUGCUUCAGCCACAACAGUCCAGAAGGUUAACAAAACCCCUGGUCAUCUCUCUCCUAAAAACCUUACAGGUCUUUUCAAUCGUUUACACACAAUUUGAAAAGCAGGUUUCUUUGGUCAAAAUAUGAUCACAAUCAUCCAAACACCACAAUCAGUCUGCAAAAUUCUUAGAUGUUUGGCAAAAUGACAAACAUCAGUCAACCAUGAACACGUAUUAGUGAAAAUGUUGUUAUCAUAAAACCAGCACUUGCAGCCAUGUUUCACACUGCUGUGAGGAAUAAAAGACAAAAUAUUUUAGCUUCAAAAUAUCAUGUGCUAGAAUUUUGGCCAGACAACAGGGAUCAUUUAGAUAAAAAAGAUAGAAACCCACAAGAUUCUUCAUGAUUAGUUUGAAAUACAGAGAGAAUGUUCACAAAAAAGCAAACACUAGAACCUCACCACCAAGCACUGAUGCUGCAGACUGAAGAUUACAAGUAUUUGUGCCAGUAUUUACAGUAUUUUUUGUUACAGUAAUCAACCAACAAUGAAAUCAGGUGAAACAAAUCUGUAGAUGAAUAUGAACGACUGCAUGAAGGACAAACACUUUGUCUCUGAAGAAAAACUACUGCAAAAUCAGUCAGGAUGCUGGAACGGUUUUAGCUCUCCAUCUGGAUCAGACCAGAAGAUCCACAUCACUGUGUCUUCAUUGGCAAAGCAAUCCUAUGAAAAAAGAAUAUACAAACAUACGAAAGUAUUCGGCCCCCUUGAACUUUUUAACCUUUUGCCACAUUUCAGGAUGCAAACACAAAGAUAUAAAACCGUAAUUUUUGUGAAGAAUCAACAAGUGGGACAAAAUCAUGAAGUGGAAUGAAAUUUAUUGGAUAUUUCAAAUCUGUUUGUCAAAUAAAAAACUUAAAUAUUGGGGUGCAAAAGUAUUCAGCCCCUUUACUUUCAGUGCAGUAAACUCUCCAGAUGUUCAGUGAGGAUCUCUGAAUGAUCCAAUGUUGACCUUAAUGACUAAUGAUGAUCAAUAGAAUCCACCUGCAUAUAAUCAAGUCUCAGUAUAAAUGGACCUGCUCUGUGAUCGUCUCAGAGUUCUAAUUAAAGUGCAGAGAGCAUCAUGAAGAACAAGGAACACACCAGGCAGGUCCGAGAUACUAAUGUGGAGAAGUUUAAAUUUAGUUAAAAUUUUUAAUUUUUUAUUAUUUAUCACUACUUAGUGAUUAGGCCUGUUUCUUUGUUGUGCAUCUGCACUUUACUAUUGUUUAUGUCUACGCACGGGACAGUGAGAAACGCAAUUUCGAUUCCUUUGUAUGUCAAGCACAUGUGAAGAAAUUGACAAAUAAACCUGACUUUGACUUUGA